AGACACGAUCGAUAAUAUACGAUCGUAUUUUCCAAUGAUCAGUUGAAAUCCAUUUCCCUUUGUGUGGCAUAUCAGUCAAGUAGGCAAUUAUAGAGAAAUGAUUCCUAUCAGGGGAGUUUGUUUAGAAAAGACAUUGAUGACUUAUCAAUCAUGUGGGGCCAGGUGGAUCUAUACAACAAUCCAAGCUCUGAUUGGCUAUCCUAUAAAAGAGCACCCUGAGUUUUGGGGAGACCCUUGUGGAGAUUCCAGAAACAGAUCUUCCAAAGAUGGAGUGCUCUGUAAUUCCGGGACAGAGGUCGGUCGGUGAUACAAGCUCUACACAGAUCCGCAAAAUAGCAAGAACUCUUCCGUGAAGAAAAAAAAAAACAUGAUAGGCGCCAAGACUGACUGUACCCGGGAACAUUACAGGACACAUGGUAACUGGCCUCCUAUUGGCUGAUCGGAGGUACCGCUGUCUUCUGUGGAGCCCUGGUACCCGGCACUGCCUCGUCCAUCAUUGGUUGACAGAUGCCAUAGAAAAGAUGCUACCGAGGAGGAGUUACCCGUUCUGCGUCCCUGAUUGGCUGAAAGCUGGCGAAUGAACGAUGAGGGUAAGACUAAUUUGGAAAAGAUGCGAGGAGUAAACUUUCUACACACAGAACAGAAGACGGCGAGCGGUGACAGUCCGGGGACCCCUCAGAUCAUUCUACUACUGCAUUCAUUUCAUUGUCACAUCUAUAGAGACAGGGACGCUCUCCACACGAUUGGGGACCAUGUUUUAUUUCCCUAAUGUGCUUCAGCGACACACAGGAUGCUUCUCCACUGUAUGGUUGGCUGCAACUAAAGGCACUAGGAUUGUAAAGCGGGAAUACCUGAAAGUAAAUGUCAUGAGCACAUGCCUUAAGAUUAUGCAGUACAUUCUGCAGCAGGUCCCUCCACCGUACCAUGGCUGUCCCAUCCCACGGCUGUCACUGUAUCUGUCAGCACAACUCAGCUAUGGAGUAGUUUGUGUCUACCACCGCCAAUGUGACCUGCUUAUAGAGGAAAUGAAGGUUACCCUGGAACGCCUGUACAAAGCUGAGAAACAGCUGAAAAUAGACUUUCUGCAAACGGAUCAGCAGUUGCUACUCCCUGACAGUCUGAUGCUCAUGCAGAUGCUGGAAGAUGCUCCUGAUCCUUUUUUUGGGAUGAUGGACAUUCCCCCAGAACUACCAGAUCCAUAUAUGAUCCCACAGAUCCGCACACUUUUGGAGACUUCAGGUCCUGAACUUGUCCGAUAUGAAAGAACUCCACCAAGACACCGCAGAAGCCGUAAAGAAGAGGGCGAUCACCUGGCAUCUCCAGAAGCUAUAACUAUGCGAGAAGUGGAGCCUAUUCUAUUGCCACCAGUAGAGGUUGGCCAAGACCUCCCAGAGCUGAGUGCACUUGAUUUGGAGUUACUUGCAUCCAAUCUUCCUGCAUUUCCUGAAGCUGAAACCUUACCAGAGCCUCGUAAGAGAAGCAAACGAGAACCAAAAGACGGUCUGCCGGAAACCGAAAAACCCAAAAAGCCCCGGAAGGAACGGGAAGUCCAGGAGGAUGACAGAGAAACAAGCCUGGGGAUGGAGAGAGAAAGGCAACUCCAACUUGAAAGAGAGAGGUAUGAGGCUGAUAUUGAGAAAAGAAGAAGAGAGCUUCUGGAAAUGGAAAGAAGCAUAGAACUUCUAAGGGGAGAGCAAAGACAAAGGGAGCGACAAAGAGAAUCUGAAAGACAGCAAGAGAGAGAAGUUAGAAAAGAAAGAGAAAGUGAAGUCCUACAAGAGAUGGAAAAGGAAAUGGAGCAUCUGAGAGAAGCUAAAGAGGAGCUGGAUUAUCUUCAAAUCACUGGUGAGGCAGAAGAUCUCCUGAUGGAGCAGCUUGAAGAAGUUGAGCAUCUGAAUGAGUUAGCGAAAGAGAGAGCAAGCCAAUGGGAGGCAGAAAAGUUACUACAGCUCCAACUAGAAAAAGAAAAGGAGAGAGAGCGUUUGAAGGAACGCGCGAGAGAGAGGAAACAAAUAAAAGAGGCUGAACAGGAACUUGAAGCACUGAAGACAUCUCUGAUAGAGAUAGAAGAGGAGAGAAGAAGAACAGAGGGAGAGCAAGUGGAUGGAACACGUAUGAGUGUAACAGAAGUUAGAGGUUCCCCGAUUCCAGGUGUCCCUUCAGAAAUGGUUUCAGAGUUUGAUGCUCCAAUGCAGCUGGAGGAAGUACCAGUAGAACCAAUCGCUAUGCCUCCCGAAGGAGCUCCAGAACUACCGUCACCCCAACAAGUGUCUCCACAGCUGGUAGUGCCUGAGCUGGAUGACCGACCCAUCAGGCGAACUGCAAGAGGAACCAGACUAAUAAUUGACAAAAAUACACAGAUUGAAAGCAAGAUGAUGCAAAAGCAAACAAGUGAUCCCAAUGUAUUCACACAGCUAGUGGGCCCUGUAAUACUUCCUCAUAUGAAGCCUAGAACAGCGACCUCUCUCAUCGAAUCCCCAACCUAUGAGCAUUUCAUGGCCCCAGAGCUGACGGCACUGUGGAGUAGAUGUGCGGUGUUAGAGCCGCUGCAGUAUAUCCGGGAGAGGGAGGAGGAAACCUUUAGUGAGCUGGAGAUGGUGCGUGCAAUCGCAGAGUCUGGAGUCAGCAUCAUGCAGUCCUCGGAAAUGUCACUUGAGGUGUCUGAAGAGGACCGCUCCAGACCCAUAAUAUUUACUCCUGAAGAAGGAAGGAUACCAUCUGUUCAGGAAGAUAAAUUACUACCAAUAGUCUCGGAGAUGCCAGAAAUUAUUGUGGAGAUGCCUGAAACUGAGGAAAUUUUACUGGAAGAUGUGGAAAGGAAGCUAUACUCUCAGAUUGAUAGCGAUGGGCAGUCCGAGUUUCUUGGCCUCACACCCCAUUCUUUUUCUCGCAUGCUGGUCUCAAAGUUCUUUUCCAGCUGUCUUGUGCUCUGCACACAGAAGGUCAUCCGUAUGGAGCAGACUGAGCCCUAUGGACGUAUACGCAUCACCCCUGGAAGGCAGUAUAAGCAAGACUAAGGACUCCACCAUUUACUCUGUUCUACUGAGUUUGGUCAAAACACGUUCUUGCUUUUUAAACUCUCUGUUUUUAUGGUUUCUACAGAAAAAAUUGUUUUUGUUUUUUGUAACAUAGGAAGUUAAAGUGUUAAGUUAAUAAAGGCUCUUUUUUUUUUAAUUAACAAA